CCCCCGCGCCCAGCCGCCCGCUUGUCCGCCCGCCCUGCGGUCCGGUCCUGGCGCCCGAGCUGAACCAGCUCCCUGGGCUGCACGGGUGGUGGGCGAGCUGCAGGCGGGGUUCUGCAUGCCGGAGGAGGCGCAGGCCUGUCCCUGGUGCCCGCAGGUCUGCGUGUCUGUCGUUGCCAGCACUCUGCGAGGCCUGAGAAGGAGGAGCAACCUGUCCAGGAUCCCCACAGGACAGGAAAAAGAGGGGAAAUCUCAACAUGGAAAAACCCUACAAUAAAAAUGAAGGGAAACCGGAAAACAAGGGAAAGCCAGAAGAUGAAGUAGAGCCUGAAGAUCAAGGAAAGUCAGAAGAGGAAGAAAAGCCGGACGUGGAAGGGAAGCCAAAAUAUGAGGGAAAGCUAGAGGACAAGGGAGAGCCACAUGAUGAGGGAAAGCAAGAAAAGCAGGGAAAGUCGGAAGGUGAGGGCAAGCCACAAGGUGAGGGCAAGCCAGAAUCCCAGGCAAAGCCAGAGAGCCAGCCGCCGGCCGCGGAAAAGCGCCCAGCUGAGGAUUAUGUGCCCCGGAAAGCAAAGAGGAAAACGGACAGGGGGACGACGGACGAUUCCCCCAGGAACUCUCAGGAGGACUUGCAGGAAAGGCAUUUGAGCAGUGAGGAGAUGAUGAGAGAGUAUGGAGACCUGUCAAGGGCCCAGGAGGAGCUAAGGAAAAAGCAGAAAAUGGGUGGUUUUCAUUGGAUGCAGAGAGAUGUACCCGAUCCGUUUGCCACAAGGGGCCAACGGGGCAUCAGGGGAGUGAGGGGCGGAGGUAGGGCCCAGAGGGGCUUACAUGAUAUUCCAUACAUUUAACGCCUUUGGCCUUCAAUUCUGACGUCUCUGAUGAGAAUAUUGCUGGCCCUGCUUUCCCUGGCAGAUUUUGCCAGGCUGUGUGCUUAAGCUGAUCAUUUGCUUUAGAUGUCACUCUUGUUACCAGCAGCCUUUUGAUCCAAUGACAGCGCUCUUUUGGUAGAGGAUUUUCACCCAUGUGCAUGAAAGAAUGUUCAUAGUACAUUGUAAAAUAACAAUAAAGGAAAAACAGUUUGUAGGACCACA